AUGGCGUCCCUCGCUCGAUUCAAAGAGCCAUGGAUAAAGGCGCUCAAUUCCCGACCGGCAGUCCCGUACCGCGACUUACCCGAAUAUCCUGUCUCCGACCCAGCGUCCUUGGUCUGCACCUCUCGUCCGCUGUCUUUCGAGACGGGUACGGGAGCAUCGAUCUACACGCGCUCAUUACUAUCUGCGAUCCUCGAGGCGAAGCAUGAGGUUAUUCUCGUGACUUGCUUCUGGGCUCCAUCGACGACCUUGACUGCGCUGAAGGAGACACUGGAGAAACUCGCCGCGUCACGCCGUGAACGCAUCCGCAACCAGCUUUCAGCCGGCCCGGGCGAGGAAGCUGUGCCCCCUUUGCGGAUAAGGAUAUGUUUCUCGUCUCGAUCCCUACUACAGAAGAUAUUCCAUACGUCUUGCCGAGAUGGAUAUACCUAUCCGCCAUCCGCAUGGCCAACACAACUCGGACUGCCAGACCAGGACACUCUUGAGGCUGGACUCAUCGAUCUCCGAGUCAAGAGCUUGUUCUUUCUACCCUUUAGCGUGAUGCAUCCCAAAUUUCUGAUUGUUGACCGUCGAAAGGCGCGGCUGCCCAGCUGCAAUGUCAGUUGGGAACCUUGGUUGGAGGGUUGCGUCGAGCUCGACGGCGCUGCGGUAUCCACCCUGUUGAGCUUCUACCAGAGUGUUUGGGACCCGCGUUUGGAGGAAGAACCUGCGAUUGAGAGCAAUAAGAACCCUCGAUCGAACCCUGAAAAUCUAAAGCCUUGCAGCUCUGGCAGACUUGGGUUGACCUCAAUCCAGAGUCCCGCCACCCGGUUCGUGUCGUUGGGGGCCUCUACAGUACCGACGGUUCUCCUGCCGUCAUCCCAUCGCCGCAACCCCCAGUUUAGACCUCUGUUCUGGCAGAACUCCCCAUCUCCCCCAUCGACUCCUCUCAAUUGCGCCAUCUUACGACUCCUGGACUUGGCCGAGAGGCAAAUCUACCUACAGACACCCAAUCUGACGUCUGCGACUGUAGUAGACGCAUUGCUGGGAGCGUUAGAUCGUGGCGUUGAUGUCACCAUCGUAACCAGCAGAGGUAUGAUGGUUCUAGAGCAGCUCCUCACGGCUGGGACGACAACUUCAUUAUGUCUCAAAUCAUUCAUCAAGAAGUACAGCGAGCGCCAGCGCCUCUACGCCCAAUCCAGGGAUAGACGGGGCAGUGAGGACUCGAAUCCUAUCAUUGAUUUGGAAGCGCAACCGCCUCGCUUGGGGUCGCUCAAGAUCUCUUACUUCCAGUCCCUCCCCGCCAGCCGAGCCACAAAAACACCAGAGGAGCCAGUGCAGUCGCACCUCAAGCUGACGAUUGUCGAUGGCCAAUACACAGUUCUCGGGUCCGGGAACAUGGACCGCGCGAGUUGGUUUACAAGCCAGGAGCUGGGGAUACUAUUCCAGUCGACAGAGUUUGCGACGGCAGUCAGCGACACUGUUGAAGGGGCUCUCCACGGGAGGCUGCGCCCGCUGUUCAGUUCAGAGGCGUGA